AUGGCGACCUCAGAUUCUAAGGCUCCGUUACGCACUGUUAAACGGGUACAAUUCGGCAUCCUUUCUCCAGAUGAGAUACGUCGUAUGUCCGUCACAGAUGGCGGUAUACGCUUUCCAGAAACUAUGGAAGGUGGACGUCCAAAGCUGGGUGGUCUUAUGGACCCAAGACAGGGUGUUAUUGACAGAAAUUCCAGAUGCCAAACGUGUGCUGGCAAUAUGACAGAGUGUCCUGGCCAUUUUGGUCAUAUAGAUCUUGCAAAACCAGUAUUCCAUGUGGGAUUCUUAACAAAGACUAUAAAGAUAUUAAGAUGUGUAUGCUUCUAUUGCUCUAAGUUGCUCGUCAGCCCUCAUAAUCCAAAGAUAAAAGAAGUCAUCAUGAAAACAAAGGGACAGCCACGGAAGAGACUUACGCACAUUUACGAUUUGUGCAAGAGCAAAAACAUUUGCGAAGGUGGAGACGAAAUGGAUAUCAAUAAGGAGAACGCCGAGAAUCAGCCACUGGUGGAAAGAAAACCCAGUCACGGUGGUUGUGGCAGAUAUCAACCGAACCUCCGAAGAUCUGGCUUGGACGUCACUGCAGAGUGGAAACAUGUGAACGAAGACUCGCAGGAGAAAAAAAUAGUACUCACAGCUGAGAGAGGCUGGGAGAUUCUGAAGCACAUUAAGGACGAGGAAUCCUUCAUUCUGGGUAUGGAUCCAAAAUACGCUAGACCAGAUUGGAUGAUAGUCACAGUGUUGCCGGUACCGCCGUUGUCUGUAAGACCAGCGGUUAUCAUGUAUGGCUCCGCCAAGAAUCAGGACGAUUUGACUCACAAACUAGCGGACAUAAUAAAAUCGAACAACGAGCUGUUACGCAAUGAGCAAUCUGGCGCCGCGGCGCACGUGAUAUCGGAGAACAUCAAGAUGUUACAGUUUCAUGUGGCGACGCUUGUUGACAACGAUAUGCCCGGCAUGCCAAGAGCGAUGCAGAAGUCUGGUAAGCCGUUGAAGGCUAUCAAGGCCAGACUGAAGGGUAAAGAAGGCAGAAUCCGAGGUAACCUGAUGGGUAAACGUGUAGAUUUCUCCGCGCGUACCGUCAUCACGCCAGAUCCCAACUUACGGAUUGAUCAAGUGGGCGUGCCGCGUAGCAUAGCGCAGAACUUAACAUUCCCAGAGAUCGUGACUCCUUUCAACAUUGAUAAGAUGCAGGUGCUGGUUAGACGUGGUAAUUCGCAAUAUCCUGGUGCGAAGUACAUAGUUCGCGACAACGGCGAGAGAAUCGACUUGCGGUUUCAUCCGAAAUCUUCUGACUUGCAUCUGCAGUGCGGUUACAGGGUCGAGCGACACAUUCGAGAUGGUGAUCUGGUGAUCUUCAAUCGUCAGCCAACACUUCACAAGAUGAGUAUGAUGGGUCACCGUGUCAAGGUGUUGCCAUGGAGUACAUUCCGUAUGAACCUAAGCUGCACGUCACCCUAUAACGCGGACUUCGAUGGUGACGAAAUGAAUUUGCACGUGCCGCAGUCGAUGGAGACGCGUGCCGAAGUGGAGAAUAUCCACGUGACUCCGCGACAGAUCAUCACACCGCAAGCGAACAAGCCGGUCAUGGGUAUCGUGCAAGAUACCUUGACGGCCGUGAGGAAGAUGACAAAGCGCGACGUCUUCAUCGAGAAGGAGCAGAUGAUGAAUCUGCUCAUGUUUCUGCCCAGCUGGGACGGCAAGAUGCCGCAGCCUUGUAUCCUGAAACCGAAGCCAAUGUGGACCGGCAAACAGCUGUUCUCGCUUAUUAUCCCGGGAAACGUAAAUAUGAUACGAACGCACAGCACGCAUCCGGACGAGGAGGACGAUGGCCCGUACAAGUGGAUUUCGCCGGGUGACACCAAAGUAAUGGUAGAGCACGGAGAACUUGUAAUGGGUAUUCUGUGUAAAAAGACACUGGGUACAUCCGCCGGGUCUCUCCUUCACAUUUGCAUGCUGGAGCUAGGCCACGAGGUCUGUGGACGUUUCUACGGUAACAUCCAAACUGUCAUUAACAAUUGGCUGUUGCUCGAAGGCCACUCGAUCGGUAUCGGCGACACCAUUGCCGAUCCGCAAACUUAUUUGGAGAUCCAGAAGGCAAUCAAGAAGGCGAAGGAGGACGUGAUAGAGGUGAUUCAAAAGGCACACAAUAUGGAAUUGGAACCUACUCCUGGUAACACGCUGCGUCAGACUUUCGAGAACCAGGUGAACAGAAUACUGAACGACGCUCGUGACAAGACCGGAGGCUCCGCCAAGAAAUCUUUGACCGAAUACAACAAUCUGAAAGCUAUGGUGGUGUCGGGUUCGAAGGGUUCAAAUAUUAAUAUCUCUCAGGUUAUCGCUUGUGUGGGUCAACAGAACGUUGAAGGUAAACGUAUACCGUUCGGCUUCCGUAAGCGGACACUGCCGCACUUCAUCAAGGAUGAUUAUGGUCCUGAGUCGCGCGGCUUCGUCGAGAAUUCAUAUCUUGCUGGUCUCACGCCGUCCGAGUUUUACUUUCACGCGAUGGGCGGUCGUGAAGGUCUCAUUGAUACUGCCGUGAAGACUGCCGAAACUGGUUAUAUCCAACGUCGUCUAAUAAAGGCUAUGGAGUCGGUGAUGGUACAUUAUGAUGGCACCGUGAGGAACUCUGUAGGUCAACUGAUUCAGCUACGUUACGGCGAGGACGGUCUCUGUGGUGAGACUGUCGAGUUCCAGAACUUGCCUACUAUCAAAGUGAGCAACAAGGCGUUCGAAAAGAAGUUCAAAUUUGAUCCGACCAACGAGCGAUACUUGCGGCGCAUAUUCAACGAGGAUAUCGUCCGAGAGAUGAUGGGCUCCGGCGAGGUGAUCUCCGAACUGGAGAGAGAGUGGGAGCAGUUGAAUCGGGAUCGCACUGUGCUCCGUGAGAUCUUCCCGAGCGGAGAAUCCAAAGUGGUGUUGCCCUGUAAUCUGCAGAGAAUGAUUUGGAACGUACAGAAGAUAUUCCAUAUCAAUAAGAGAGCGCCAACAGAUCUCAGCCCAAUGAGAGUGAUUCAAGGCGUGAAGGAUCUUUUAGAUAAAUGUAUCAUUGUCGCUGGGGACGAUAGACUCAGCAAACAAGCGAACGAGAAUGCAACGUUAUUGUUCCGGUGUCUCGUGAGAUCAACCCUGUGUACAAAAUGCGUCUCUGAAGAAUUUAGACUAUCCGGCGAAGCCUUUGAGUGGUUAAUUGGUGAGAUUGAAACGCGAUUCCAACAGGCUCAGGUAUCACCGGGUGAAAUGGUCGGUGCUUUGGCAGCGCAAUCACUCGGCGAACCUGCCACACAGAUGACUCUGAACACUUUCCACUUCGCCGGCGUGUCGUCGAAGAACGUUACUCUUGGUGUUCCGAGGCUGAAAGAAAUUAUUAACAUCAGUAAGAAACCAAAAGCGCCAUCGUUGACGGUCUUCUUAACAGGCGCGGCAGCACGCGACGCUGAGAAGGCGAAGAACGUACUUUGUCGGCUGGAACACACGACUCUGAAGAAGGUGACGGCCAACACCGCAAUUUACUACGAUCCGGAUCCACAGAAUACAGUGAUCGCGGAGGACCAGGAGUUUGUUAACGUAUAUUACGAGAUGCCGGACUUCGAUCCUACGAAGAUAUCGCCAUGGCUAUUGCGUAUCGAGCUGGACAGGAAACGCAUGACCGACAAAAAAUUAACUAUGGAGCAAAUUGCUGAAAAGAUCAACGCCGGGUUCGGCGAUGACCUCAAUUGCAUAUUUAACGAUGACAAUGCCGAGAAGCUGGUUUUACGUAUCAGAAUAAUGAAUAGUGACGACAACAAGUUCCAGGAAACGGAUGAAGAACCAAUGGACAAGAUGGAGGACGAUAUGUUCCUUCGUUGUAUCGAGGCUAACAUGCUUAGCGACAUGACUCUACAGGGUAUCGAAGCUAUUGGAAAAGUAUAUAUGCAUUUACCGCAAACAGAUGCUAAGAAGCGCAUCGUUAUCACUGAAACUGGAGAGUUUAAAGCAAUCGCGGAAUGGCUCUUGGAAACAGACGGGACAAGUUUGAUGAAAGUGCUCAGCGAACGUGACGUUGAUCCUGUGCGAACAUUCAGCAAUGAUAUCUGCGAGAUUUUCCAAGUACUCGGCAUCGAGGCUGUUCGUAAAUCAGUAGAAAAGGAGAUGAACGCUGUAUUGCAAUUCUAUGGUCUCUAUGUGAAUUAUCGUCAUCUUGCUUUACUUUGCGACGUCAUGACAGCAAAGGGUCAUCUUAUGGCUAUCACUCGUCACGGAAUCAAUAGGCAAGACACGGGUGCUCUUAUGAGAUGUUCUUUCGAAGAAACAGUCGAUGUCUUAUUGGAUGCCGCUUCUCACGCAGAAGUUGAUCCAAUGCGAGGAGUAUCUGAGAACAUUAUAAUGGGUCAACUUCCACGCAUUGGGACAGGUUGUUUUGACUUACUGCUGGACGCUGAGAAAUGCAAAGCUGGUAUCGAAAUCCCUAUAGCUGUUGGCGCGGGCGUGAUGGGAUCGGCUGGAAUGUUCUUCGGCAGUGUUCCUGGCAUAUCCAGCAUGAGUCCUCAAAUGACACCGUGGAUGGGAGCUACUCCUGGUUAUGGCGCUUCGAGCAUGUCACCGGCAAUGAGUAGCGGCAUGACGCCCGGAGGUGCAUGCUUCUCACCGUCGGGUGCUUCAGACGCAUCGGGCAUGUCUCCAGCGUACUCUGCCUAUUCGCCACAACCAGGAAGCCCUGGUAGUCCAGGUCCAAGCAUGAGCCCAUUCCCGAUGUCGCCGGCUGGCGCCGCUUCGCCCAGUUAUUCGCCCACUUCACCCGCGUAUCUACCUACGUCGCCCAGCAUGACACCGUCGAGUCCGAACUACUCGCCCACGAGUCCAACGUACUCGCCAACGAGUCCCAACUAUUCGCCGACGUCCCCGAGUUACUCGCCAACGUCGCCUAGUUAUUCACCUACGUCACCUAGCUAUUCGCCUACUUCGCCUAGUUACUCGCCGACAUCACCCAGUUACUCUCCUACGUCUCCCAGCUAUUCGCCAACAUCACCGAGUUACUCGCCAACCAGCCCGAGUUACUCACCCACAUCGCCGAGUUAUUCGCCAACAUCGCCCAGUUACUCGCCUACAUCGCCAAGUUAUUCACCCACGUCACCGAGCUACUCACCUACUAGCCCAAGUUAUUCACCGACGUCACCGAGCUAUUCGCCAACGUCACCCAGCUAUUCGCCCACGUCACCCAGCUAUUCACCCAGCUCGCCAAAUUAUACGCCCGCUUCGCCGAGUUAUUCGCCGACCUCGCCGAGCUAUUCACCCAGCUCGCCGCAGUAUUCACCCGCCAGCCCCAGCUAUUCACCCAGCAGUCCCAAGUACUCGCCCACUUCGCCGAGCUAUUCACCCACUUCGCCGUCCUUCGCUGGAACGUCGCCGCAGUACACACCCGCGAGUCCCACGUACUCGCCUACUAGUCCGACGUAUUCACCGACUAGUCCGUCGUAUUCGCCCAGCUCGCCGCAACAUACAGCGUCUGGUAGCACCAGGUAUUCGCCGAGCAGCCCAAACUAUUCACCGACGAGCCCGACCUACUCGCCCACAAGCCCGCAGUACUCGCCGUCAAGCACCAAAUAUUCGCCCACAUCUCCUACUUAUACACCAACGAGUCCAAGUUAUUCGCCAACGAGUCCAACAUAUUCGCCCCCGGUGCCGGGAUAUUCGCCCACGAGUCCUACGUAUUCGCCUGCAUCCCCCGCGUACGAAGCAGACGAUUAAUGUUAAUUACAAUCGUAACAACAUUAGAAUUUUUAAAGUUUGAAAAAAAAAUAUAUGUUUAUGAAUUUCCA